GGCCCAAUGCUCACUCUCUCUAAAUUCUACAAAUAAUUCUCUACCCUCUUUCUCUCUCUCUCUUUCUGUCUUUCUCUCUCUCUGAUUGCUCAUUUCCCUUUUCCUGAAAUUCGCUAUCUAGAUUUCAUGUCGGAUACAGGUCGGCCUUUGCCAAAAUUUGGUGAAUGGGAUGUCAAUGAUCCUGCUUCAGCUGAGGGAUUUACUGUGAUUUUUAACAAGGCUAGGGAUGAGAAGAAGACCGGUGGCAAACCUGAGUCACCUGAAAAGAUUGACUCUCAUAUUAAGCCUGGAGUGAAUCCUGGCAAGCCUCAGAAAAAAUGGUUUUGCUGCAUUCAGAGCCCGACUGCAGAAUCUUGACCAUGUUUUCCCACGUAAAAGCUUCAAUGGAAUGAGUAAUUUCAUCUGUAAGUGGCCCCACUAUGUAUUUAUUAAAGAAGAUAGAAGCUGUAGAGCGGUGAUGUAUCGUGCUGGAAUUUGUUGCGUGUUGUAAGACUGAGUUGUGGGGAAAAGAGCAAAUACACAUCACUGUUUUUCGAAUCUUUACUCUCUUAUUUGCGAGCUGUGGAGCUUUUGUGACUUUUUGGUUCUUCUGUUGUAUUGGCAAACGGGCUUUCUUUGUGAAAUAUACAUAUUUUAAAAUUUCUUUUCCA